UCACAAUUUGAGAUACCUAGCUCUGAGAUGUAACAUUCCAGAGCUCCCUAGAGUAUACUCUUAUUAUGUAGUAACAAGUAUGGGAGAAUCUGUAAAGCUCAGGAGGGAUAGCGCCAUGAAAUUUAGUUAAAUGAAUUAUAUUAGUGCCUGGCGCUAUCUAUCCUGAGUUCUAUGGCUUCUUCAGACUAUAUAUAUAUAUAUGCAUCUCUGCUUCAGUUUAUGCUUUGAUGAAGGGGUGGACAAGCAUGCAUAUUUUCUUUUAAGAAGUAAUCUUCCCAAGAGAGAAAGGAAGUUGAUGAUUUAAGGUUGUUGUAACUGAGGCAUUAUGAUGGCGAGGUUGACCGGUAAGCUAAAAAUUGCCCCUGGGGAAUAUGCAUUAGUCCAGAUGAUGUGGUUGGCCAAGUGUAGGGCUGAGAUGGAGUGUUGAGGAAAUCUGAUCUAACUUUUAGGACGCAGGGUGUGUCUAAUUGUAUGGGAACAAAGGAACAAAAUCAUCUGUUUUAGAUCUUCAUCAUCUAUAAAAUAUAUCCUCAUCU